AUGCGUGUCCAGGGUAUCCUGCCAAUGGGGCCGAGGGGCCCAGCAAAGCCAGCCAGCUCAGCAGUGAACAGCAAAAAACGUCCUGGAAGCCCGCUGGGAGGAGACCGUCCUCAAAAGAUUGCCAGAAACACUGAAGAAAUAUCAGAUACGAUCCCGCCUGGCCCAACCCAAGAGCAGACCGCCGUGAACGAUAUAAAGCGUCCUGGAAGCCUGCUAGAAGGGGGUAGACACCGAAGCGCUCGCAGAAAAUCGCAAGGAACAUCGGAUACAAUCCCCGGAAGCUCGCCACAGGAGCACAAGGAUCCAUACAUUGCUUCUGAUCUCGCAGUCAUCUUUCAUAAUGAUAUUCUCGGCUUGCCGCCGACUGCCCCGAAGCUAGCCACGAUGCGUCUCAAAAAGCGGCUCGGCGCGAAGAGCACCGCGAUGCUGCUGAGUCUCGUGAAACAAAAGAAAGCAAAAUGUAUUCCCAGUCAUUUUGUACGAAACGAGUACGCUAUGGAAUCCAUGACGGAAGUGAUGAAGUCGUCCGACGGAGCUGAAACUUUCCGCCUCGGCCUCGAACUCAUGUAUGGAAUAUUCGACGAAAGAGACACUUGGCUUGACAUCAUGUACCAAAUCCGGGAACUCGCAUCAAGUAUUGACGCUGGAUAUCAAGCUGCAACUUAG